AAUUACUACUUCCUACUUCGUUUGACACGCCGCACAGUUUAAGUCAGUGUUGAAGUUCCAGCUGUUAUCUGCAUCAAGAUGGGAAUGCGUCGAGGAAGAAGCACGAAAAAUCCACCAAUUUUUAGUCACGAGUUCUUUAUACAGAACCAUGCGGAUAUUGUGUCUUGCAUUGCAAUGGUUUUCGUUGUCGGUCUCAUGUUUCAGGCCACAGCACCAGUAGCCACACUGUUUGUAGCUCUUCAGCACAAUGUUACAAGGAAUGGCACAGAUUCUGCUGAUGAUGUUGGGUUGUAUACCUAUGGACGUAAGGAUAUCUUCUCCACCAUGUUCUAUCUUCUCAUCUGUGUAGUAGUACACGCUGUUAUCCAGGAGUAUGUCCUAGAUAAACUGAACAGGAAGAUGCAUCUGUCAAAGGUGAAACACAGCAAGUUCAACGAGUCGGGUCAGCU